UUUGCCUCCACAAUGUGACUCAAGGCGGGGUAGAAUACCACUGCGUACACUGAACUUUCCCAACCCACCCACCGAGCCGCCAUAUUGGUUGUACUGGGUUCGCUUUCUGUCGAACAAAGGAAAAUCCUCAAUAUUAUCCGUAUGCUUCAAUUUACUGGCUCUAAAAUGCCACAACUGUUAUUGCCCGUCUAGCGAAAGCUAAUUUUGUAUAUAACUAAACAGAUUCUAUCGCUAUUCCGCAGAAAUGUUUGACCAGAUUAGUAUUACGCAGUUAUUAUUAUUUCACAAUAUAUUCUUCCCAUUUAAUGACAUUCUCAACAUUAUAUAAAUAUGAAGUGUUUUCUGAGUCACAAGGAAUACAUAGAAUACUAAUCUGAUUACAAAUACUUUCGGAUUCAGUAAAAGCAAUAGUCAGGCCAUAUGUUAAUUAUUAAACACCCCAAUAAAGCAUUUUUGUUAAAAUUAGAAUCAAAUUUACUUUCCAAUAGGCCUCAAAAUAUUAUGCAAUGAGGAAUAUCUAGUAAUCGUGAGACGACACAAGGAUUUAUCACCAUGGUAGGCAUUUUAAUCAUAAUCAAUAUUAUCAUCAUCCAUCCAUUUGUUUUCAUUAUCAAUCUCCCUCAUCAUCAUCGAUAUUAUUAUCCAUCAUUUCAUUCAAUAAGCAAAAUACAGAGAAACUCCAUAAAUAAUGAUAAAUACAGCCCGUGACCAAAGCAUACCCUGCUAUUUCGUCUUAUCAAUUCGAUGUUCCUUCCCUUGUCUCCGUUUUCCCUCGUUUUCGGAUUAAAAACAUCCCCAGUGCAGAUAACCGCGCUGUGUCAUUCGGAUAAGAGAAUCAUAGACUUCGGCAGGAGAGGAGAAGAAAGGGGGGGUGGGGAGGCGAAGGCCGAAUCCCCAAUCCGGAUAAGAGAGGAGGCGAUAAUCGGAUUAAACGUUGGCGGCGUCCGGUAGGGUCCCGGUCCUCCUUUCUCGCUAGAGUGAACAGUCCGUUGUAGCGACGUGGAGGGAGAACACCGCUUUUUAGGGCCGCCGGUCGCUGCAGAGGGACAGAGCCUCCGCCUCGCAUCUCGACGCCGCUGCCCUCCUCGUCUCGCCCAGCAUCCGGAUACGCGAGGGCGCGGCUCGCCCGCGAUGGCUCCGUAGGGCGAGGCGCCGCCGGAAGGAGGAAUGCUCGCGAGCGGCGCCGAAGCCGGACGGGGGGAGGCCGCCCCCGCCGCCCCCGCCCCCCGCCCGCCGCGCGACCGGACGCCCGACCGCUGCAACGGCGCCAGCAGGCUCGCCCCGCGGCCGGAUGCCGAGCUGCAGGGCCCCGAGGCCGCCGCCGGCCGGACCUCGAAGACGCCCUCCCCCUCGACCCCGCGCCCCCCCGACGCCUCCCCCCCGCGUCCGGACUCCAAGCCGGAUCCCCGCGCCGCCAGGAACGGCCAUGAUAUCGCCGUCGCCGCCGCCGCCGCCGCCAUGGACAGCAGGGACCAGGGCGAGGACAAGCGGCGGGAGGCCGGAUACGGGGGCGCCGCCGCUCCGGUUAAGGAGGAGUGGUUCCACCCGCCGCUGCACAUGCUGGAGCCCGUGCCCGCCCAGCCAGCAGUCCCGAAGCGACGUCGGACGGUGCUGUCGAUCGCCGAGAAGGCCGACCUCAUCCGGCGCCUCCACAGCGGCGAGUCGCAACGGCAGCUCGCCCUCGAGUACGGCAUCGGGACGUCCACCGUGUCCGACGUCAAGAAGCACGAGGUGGAGAUCCUCAAGUACGUCGAGACCAACGGGGACUUCGUGGCCAUGACGCGCCGGAAGCUCGAGUCGGGCGCCAAGGCGGACGUCGAGGAGGCGGUGUUCGAGUGGCUGCUGCAGGAGGUACGCUGCGGCCGCGAGCUGGCGGGCACGGAGGUAAUGGCGCGCGCACGCGCGGAGCACCAACGCCUGCGAGGCAACGACGACUUCCGCGCGAGCACGGGCUGGCUGGAGCGCUUCAAGCGGCGCUACAACAUCCGCGCCUUCCGCCCGGGCGAGGAGGACGGCUGGCGCCCCAUAGUGCAGCGCGCGGGCGGCGACGACUCGCGGGCGCAGCGGGGCAAGCGGCGCGGGCGGCCGCCCCUCACGCGCCCGGCCGACAAGGCGCGCGCGGCGGCCGAGCGUCUGUGCAAGGGGCGCGCGCUAGACCUCCUGGAGCGCGUGCUGGAGGGCGCGUCGCCGCCGCCGCACGUCAAGAUGGAGCCGGAGGCGCAGGACGAGUAUGACUACGGCGACAUGCACGACUGCGACGACGACCUGUCGCCCGAGACGCAGCACAGCCUGCAACCGCUGGUGAGCCUGGAGGAGGGCCACGUCGCGCUGGACAUCCCGCCCGUGGAGGAGAUUCCCUCGGCGGGCGAGGCAGCCGCGCUGCUCGCCAAGGCGCUGGUGUGGGCGGCCGCCCAGCCCGACACCACGCCGCAGGAGCUCUACGUCAUGAAGCAGCUGCAGACGAAGGCCGCCCUCAGCUGCCACGCGAGGGCGUCGCACUGACUGUCGUCGUCGCGGCCUCCCGCAGUCGAGUCACGCCGGCGCUUCCCGCGGCCGUCCCGAAGGCCCGCGCCCAGGCCCCGGAGGCCCCGCAGGUAGCCUUGCAAUCAUCAUAUGCCAAACCACAAGUAUUACGUAACCAGUGUUAUCCCAGACACCUCGGCUGCUGCGACCCGGCCCUCCCGCGCGGGACGAGGCCGCGGUCGGGCGCCGCACUCCGCACAGGGUAAGAUUUCCGGCCGCAAGCAGUCUGCUCUCUCGUGAGACCUGUAUGGUAUACCAUGAUUUAUUUGUAUAUAUAUGUAUAUAUAUGUGUAUGUAUAUCCAUAUACAUAUAUAUAUGUAUAUAUAUGUAUAUAUGUGUAUAUAUAUACAUAUACAAAUACAUA